GAUAAUGGUAUCAGUAAAAUUAUAAAAACGAGUGGUAACAGAACAAACUUUCCAUUCGAUGGUGAUCAAGUCUAUAUUCAUUUUAUUGGCAAGACCAUUGAUGGAACAAUAUUUGAAAAUAUUAGAGAGAAAUCAAGUUUUUCAUUUAUUUUAGGUAGUCCCGAAGAACCAAUCAAAGGAUUCAACUAUGCAAUUAAAUCGAUGAAAAAAGGUGAAAUCUCAACAUUGACAAUUAGAGCAAAAUAUGCAUAUGGCAGCGUCGGCAAUGGUGACUUAGUACCCCCUAAUGCAACCUGUAUUUACGAAAUAGAAUUAAUCUCAUUUAAUAAUAACUGUGAUAUCUCUACAGAAAAAGAUGGUUCAAUAUUAAAGAAAUUUUAA